CUUCCGCUGCGCUCUUGUUUCACGCUCAGAUCGAGAGAGACGCGCAGCUCGAGUUCCGAUCAUCGUCGACGCAAAGUCUUCCUCAGACAUACAGAAGAACAUUAAAAUACAACUCUUCAACCUAAAGCAACGUUUGUACUUCGGGGGAACCCGUUUUUGUUUCCUUUGUUCAGAGUUACACGUCUCACCGAGCGUCGAAGAGAGCCACGAGAACAGCGACACACCGGCAAACAAAGAAACUCGCUUGUGUUCGACAUCCUCCCUCAACACCCGUCAGUUAUGAGUCAUGUGGCCGUCGAGAAUGUGCACGGUCUGGACCAGCAGCUCGCUGUUCUAGACUUGAGCUCCGGUGAUCAAGGAGUCCCUGGAAGGCGUUACAUUCCACCUCAUUUAAGGAAUAAAGAAGCUUCCAAAAGUGAUUCUCCCGGAGGAUGGGAUGAUGGGCGCAGCAAUGGCUUCGUGAACGGUAAUCAUGAAGGUCGAGACAACCGUAUGAAUGGAGGCAGCAGUUUCGGUGGCCGUGGCUCCAUGCGCAGCGACCGCGGAGGAAGAGGAGGCUUCAGAGGAUUUGGUUACGACAACAAGGAUGCCGGCGGGUGGAACGCCCCAAAAGACACGGCCUACAACAGCUUCGGCGGCCGCUCUGACCGCGGGAAAUCCUCUUUCUUCAGUGACCGCGGGUCUUCAUCCAGGGGCCGGUACGAGCGAGGAGGUUUUGGCGGCGGUGGGAACAGCCGAUGGGCGGACGACUCGAGGGACAAUGAAGAUUGGUCCAAACCCUUGCCUCCCAGUGAGCGUGUGGAACAUGAACUCUUCUCUGGAGGCAACACCGGGAUUAACUUUGAGAAAUACGAUGACAUUCCUGUUGAAGCCACAGGACAGAACUGUCCACCACACAUUGAGAGUUUCCAUGAUGUAGAUAUGGGAGAGAUCAUUAUGGGUAAUAUAACCCUGAGCCGGUACACACGGCCCACUCCUGUCCAGAAGUACGCUAUUCCCAUCAUCAAGACGAAGAGAGACCUGAUGGCAUGCGCUCAGACAGGUUCUGGUAAGACUGCAGCCUUCCUGUUGCCAGUCCUGAGCCAGAUAUUCACUGAAGGACCAGGAGAGGCGCUGCAGGCUAUGAAGAACAGCGCACAGGAAAAUGGGAAAUAUGGCCGCCGUAAGCAGUAUCCCAUUUCACUGGUUUUAGCCCCCACAAGGGAGCUGGCUCUCCAGAUCUACGAAGAGGCCAGGAAGGUUGCGUACCGCUCUCAUGUGCGUCCCUGUGUGGUGUACGGAGGCGCUGAUAUCGGUCAGCAGAUCCGUGAUCUGGAGAGAGGCUGUCAUCUGCUGGUGGCCACUCCUGGGCGUCUGGUGGACAUGAUGGAGCGGGGCAAGAUCGGCCUGGACUACUGCAAUUAUUUGGUGCUGGAUGAAGCAGACAGGAUGUUGGACAUGGGCUUCGAGCCACAGAUUCGGCGUAUCGUGGAGCAGGACACCAUGCCGCCCAAAGGGCUUCGUCAAACCAUGAUGUUCAGUGCCACCUUCCCCAAGGAGAUCCAGAUCUUGGCUCGUGACUUCCUGGAGGAAUACAUCUUCCUGGCUGUGGGCAGGGUUGGUUCUACUUCAGAGAAUAUCACCCAGAAGGUGGUGUGGGUCGAAGAAAAUGACAAGAGGUCCUUCCUGCUGGACUUGCUCAAUGCCACAGGUAAAGAAUCUCUGACCUUGGUGUUUGUUGAGACUAAGAAGGGAGCGGACGCUCUGGAGGACUUCCUGUACCGUGAAGGCUACUCCUGCACCAGUAUUCAUGGAGAUCGAACCCAGAGGGACCGCGAGGAAGCGCUGCAUCAGUUCCGCUCCGGGAGAUGCCCCAUCUUAGUAGCCACGGCUGUUGCUGCUCGUGGUCUGGACAUCUCCAACGUGAAGCACGUCAUUAACUUUGACCUGCCUAGUGACAUCGAGGAGUACGUGCACCGCAUCGGGAGAACCGGUCGUGUGGGAAACCUGGGUCUUGCCACAUCGUUCUUCAAUGAUAAGAAUGGCAACAUCACCAAGGACCUGCUGGACAUCCUGGUGGAGGCUAAACAGGAAGUGCCAUCCUGGCUGGAGAGCCUGGCCUACGAGCACCAGCACAAGAGCAGCAGCCGCGGGGGGCGCUCCAAGAGGUUUUCUGGUGGUUUUGGGGCCAGAGACUACCGUCAGACCAGCAGCGGCUCCAGCGGCGGAGGCUUCGGGAGCCGAGGCGCACGCAACACUGGCGGUCACGGAGGAAACCGUGGAUUUGGUGGCGGAGGUGGCUUUGGGAACUUCUACAGCAGUGAUGGCUACGGAGGAAACUAUUCCCAGGUGGACUGGUGGGGAAACUAAGACUCCUCCACCUCUUCACUCCUCACAAUGACCGUGGAGCACCAUGCCAAACUCACUGAAUGGAAACCACAUGUACCAUAGCCAGACUAUAUACCCUGUGUAGCUUUGAAGAACUUUGCAGUACAUUACCAGCUGUGAUUCUCUGACCACAUCUGGAGAAGCUUGACCUCCGUGGACACGGGGACGCUGGGAUAUCUGGAGGUUCGACUGUAGCAGGACACGGUCUCAUGCCGAAGGGGAACGGAGGCAGCAGUUUGCUUUAGAUUUCUUGGACUCUAGUUUUCCACUACAUCUCAUUUCUUUAUACUAAAUGAGAAACAUUUGUUUAUGUACUGUGCCUUUACAUUUAGACUCGCUGUGUUUUGUUUGUUUUCCGUUCUCCUUUUUAAAUGUCUGGCUGACAGUUGUCUUCCCCUCUCUCUCGCUCUCUCACUUUUUUUUUUCCUUUUUCCCCGCUCUAAUUAUUUGUUUGGAUGGUAUAACAAAAGCUUAGAUGUAAUCAAACCUUGGCAAAGUCUGAGAUGGUCUGUCACAACCUCAUUUUGUACUGAAAUUUUGUAUGGGGUCACCUGACCCCCGUCGAUUUGGCUGCAGUUCUCUUGUGUGGUAAAACUAUCACAAGGGAGUGAAAAAUACUGAAUGUUGGAAGGAAAAGAUCUCGCUCACUCUAUCCUGGACAGGCAUCAAUAAUAGAGAUGGUAGUCUUCUGAGAAACCAAGCCAUUCCAGUGAAUUCUCUUAAAUUAGGAUGUUGUGAUGAACCGCGUCUGCCUCCCGCCGCGCAGCUAGUUCAGAACCACAUGCUAGCCGUUUAGCGCUGUUGGAUUAACUUUUUUCUUGAACUGUCGUGGAGGUAGCAAUUGGAUUUGUUUUUCUUCCUUCGAAAUCCAUUCUUGAAGUAGAUUAACGGUGGGCUCGUGGCAGUGAAGCGUUCUAAUGGCUGCUCUAGAACCGUGAGGUCCGAGCAGACGGCACCCAAAGCCCAGCCCGUCUCUGAAGAAUCCGCAUGCUAGUGUUCGUGUGUUUUGGUCAAGGAGAUUUUCAAACCGAUUUCUGCCGCAGGCUUUAACGUUCGUUACAAGAAACAUUUGUUCACUUUUUUUUUUGUUUUUCUCUUUUUCAAGCUGCGUUGAAUUCCGAAAGACAUCCUCGGCUUUACUCUUGAGACACGGCUCGCUCGUGACCCCCGGAUCUUCGAGAGGACUGGGGUCAGCAGAAUUCGGUGUACACCACGGGAACCGCACCAAACCAGCUGCAGGGGUGUGGUUUGGUCUAAAACAGACUCUUAUUGGUUGGUUUGUAGUGGAGGAGGUUUCCAUGGCAUCCUGGCCAAAGACAGGGUUCUUUCAAACUCCCGCGCGCCCUUAAUAGUGCACUACUGAUGAGGGCGAGUGGGAUGCGUUUAACAGAAGUGCAAUAGAUUUACUCUCAAGCGUGUUGUGCCUUUUGACAUGAAUUUGGAAAAGGUGACCUGAAGCAGAUGCGUGGACAGUAUUGAGGUGACUUGAGAGCAGUGGUGCUACUUAAGCCCAUCCAGUUUUACAAAAGUUGUUUUAUUGCACAUCUAGGGUUUUAUAUAAGUGUCUUGAGUGCGUGUCCUUAAGCUUCUGAAUAUUGUGUGUGAAGAUUGUGAAAACGCAGCUUGUUUACAAAAGGGGAAUGGUUCUCCAAUCGUUAACCAGGAUUGAUUUGGGACCAGCAGUGGGGAAUUUAGCUAUUUGCACAGAUUACUAGAUUCUACUUUUGCUGCUAGUUUGUGUAAUUUAUUAAGCAUUUUUGAAAAAUAUUUAUUUUUAUAAGCCUAAAAGUGAUAGUUUCAAGUAACUUGACCAAAAGACAGUACAAAAACACUGGCACUUGAAUGUUGAAUGUCACCCGUAUGCGUGAAACUUAUAUUUUUCGGGGUAGUGUGAGCUUUUUAAUGUUUAAGGUCAUUUUGGACUCCACAUCUGUAAUUGGUAUCUCUGACUAAACGAAUCGAUCCAAUCAGUCAAACUCUGAAUUGACGGCCCAAAUUUGAAAGAAAAACAAACAUGCCAAGGUUUGGAAAAAGUAACAGAAAUAUUUUUGUAAACGUGUAUCAGUGCAAAGUGUUCAGAUUAUCCAGUUCUUUUGUUUUUCAACUAAUUUUGUUUUUUUUGAACCCCCAGUGAAUGUCUGGCACACGGCAAUCUUAAGUAACAAAAACAUGUGGUUAUUCUCUAUUGUUGCGUUUGCAUAUUUGGGCUCUGGUGUUGGUGUUCUCUGACAGGUUUGGCUGAAGAUUCGGUCUUAAUUACAGAAGCAGUUAUGGGUGAAGUGUUUAAAGCAUGCAAUGAAAGGCUUUUAAUUGACCAAAUCAUGUGAUAGAACAUCACCGGAGCCCUUAGAGUUAGAGUAUUUGCUUUAUGUGCUAGUUUAGAGGCUGUGCACUGCACGAAAAAUAAAAUGUGUUUAUUGUAUGAUUUUACCAAAUUAAAGUUGGCAAUUGCAAAUAUACAAA